CUGUAUCCAACUGCUAUGCUAAGCUAGAAGGCGGUGUCUUUUGUUGCGGAAGAUCAGGCAGUUUGCUACAAACCUAUUCUUGAAAUUAAAAGUCUUUACAAAGACUUUACACAUUAUCCUGUUAUUAUUAUUAUUAUUUAUAAGUUAAAAUGUGCAACGGCUGUGUGCAAAAAGAAUACCCCGACCGGGGAAGCACAUGUCUGGAGAAUGGCUCCUAUCUGAUGAACUACCUGGGCUGUGCCAAAUGCCAUCACAGGGACUUCGUGAUGAUCUGUAAUAAAGACACAGAGGAUGAUGAUGGAGAGGAGAUUGUCACUUAUGACCAUGUUUGUAAAAACUGUGACCAUGUCAUCGCCAGGCACGAAUACACAUUCUCAGUGGUUGAUGAAUAUCAGGAGUACACAAUGCUUUGCAUGCUGUGUGGAAAGGCAGAGGACUCCAUCAGUGUGUUGCCAGAUGACCCCCGACAGACCGCCCCCCUCUUCUAGAGCUCAUAAUACUGCAAUACACAAAACUUCAGAUUGACAUAGACUAAGUAUUAUAUUGGUAUUGACAUAGUGAUAAAAUUUACAACAAACAUGCUGUCGACUUCAAGGCUGCAUUGAUUUGGAUAAAGUAUUAUGUCAUAGAUUUUUACAUACUGUGUAGCAUUUCUGACUGUAUGCAACUAUAUACCAGCCUUUAUAGCUAUCUUGAACAGCUUUUGAUCAAUGCACUGUAAAUAAAUGUUUAAGAUGUAGGCGUUCAUGAAUUCACAGGAAAUAAACAAUAUUAAACUUA